AUGACGGCGUCUCCCGACUACCUGGUGAUUGUCUUCGUGACCACGGCGGGCACCAACGGGGCAAGGUUGGGCUCAGACGAGCGAGAGCUGCUCCAGCUCCUGUGGAAAGUGGUCGACCUGAGGAGUAAGGAGCUGGGGCACCUGCAUGACGUGCUGGUCCGGCCUGACCACACAGAACUGACGGCUGAGUGCCAGGAGAUCACCCAGGUGGAUGUGGAGAGCCUGGCACUGGCUCCACCGCUGGAGCAGGCACUGAGACAGUUUAAUCAGUCCGUGAGCAAUGAACUGAACAUUGGUGUGGGUACUUCUUUCUGUUUCUGUACUGAUGGACAGUUGCACAUUAGGCAGGUUCUACACCCUGAAGCUUCCAAAAAGAAUAUUUCACUGCCUGAAUGCUUCUACUCCUUUUUUGACUUGCGGAAAGAGUUCAAGAAGUGUUGCCCUGGCUCACCUGAAGUUAGCAAACUCGAUGUUGCAGCCAUGACAGAAUAUUUAAAUCUUGACAAGAGCAGUCCAGCAUUUCCCUAUGGAGCCUCUCAAGUUGAAGAUAUGGGGAAUAUUAUUUUAACAUUAAUAUCUGAACCAUACAAUCACAGAUUUUCAGAUCCAGAAAGGGUAAACUACAAAUUUGAAAGUGGACCUUGCAGCAAGAUGGAACUUGUGGAUGACAAUGCUGUUAUCCGAGCAAGAGGAUUGCCAUGGCAGUCAUCUGACCAGGACAUAGCGAGGUUCUUCAAAGGUCUAAAUAUUGCCAAAGGAGGUGCUGCACUCUGUCUCAAUGCCCAAGGUAGGAGGAAUGGGGAGGCUCUUGUGAGGUUCGUGAGUGAAGAGCACAGAGAUCUAGCACUACAAAGGCACAAGCAUCACAUGGGGAACCGAUACAUAGAGGUAUACAAGGCAACAGGUGAAGACUUCCUUAAAAUUGCAGGAGGUACUUCCAAUGAGGUUGCACAGUUCUUGUCAAAAGAAAACCAAGUGAUUGUCAGGAUGCGAGGUCUUCCUUUCAAUGUAACAACAGAAGAAGUGCUGACUUUCUUUGGCCAGCACUGCCCUGUAACAGGAGGAAAGGAGGGAGUCCUGUUUGUCACUUACCCUGACAGCAGGCCAACAGGAGAUGCCUUUGUCUUGUUUGCUUGUGAGGAAUAUGCACAAAAUGCACUGAAAAAGCACAAGGAUUUGCUGGGGAAAAGGUACAUUGAACUCUUCCGGAGCACUGCAGCAGAAGUUCAGCAGGUGCUGAACAGGUACUCUUCCACACCUCUCAUUCCUCUCCCAACACCUCCAAUUCUUCCAGUAUUACCUCAACAAUUUGUGCCUCCCACUAACAUCAGAGACUGCAUACGUUUGCGUGGGCUUCCCUAUGCUGCUACUAUAGAGGACAUUCUGGACUUCCUGGGAGAGUUUUCUACAGAUAUUCGGACCCAUGGAGUUCACAUGGUUCUAAAUCACCAGGGACGUCCAUCUGGAGAUGCUUUCAUUCAGAUGAAAUCUGCAGAUCGAGCCUUCCUGGCUGCACAGAAGUGUCAUAAGAAGACUAUGAAGGACAGAUAUGUUGAAGUCUUUCAAUGUUCUGCUGAAGAGAUGAACUUUGUAUUAAUGGGGGGCACUUUAAAUCGAAAUGGCUUGUCCCCGCCACCAUGUAAGUUACCAUGCCUUUCACCCCCUGCCUACUCCUUUCCGGCUCCUGCUGCAGUUGUGCCAACAGAAGCUGCUCUGUAUCAGCCAUCCAUGCUUCUGAACCCACGAACACUCCAGCCCUCCACAGCCUACUACCCUGCUGGGGCUCAGCUCUUCAUGAACUACACAGCUUAUUACCCCAGUAUGCAGCAGAGGAUGGACUUGUACACACAAAUGAUGCGGCCAGGACAGUGUCCAAAGAAUGGAUUUGCAUUUAAAGGCCCCAGCAGUUAG